CUUUUCCCCCAAAGUUUGACCUAGUAAUGUCACUUCCUAUUUCUGGUUUUAUAUGUAUUUGUGUGCACUUCCAAGCCUGUACUAAAUAGUGUGGUGAUGAUUUGGACCAGGAGUGGGAGAUGAUCAAUGAUCUGAGAGCAGACAUGGCUAGGCUGCAGCAAGGUAUGAGUCACAUGCAGAGAAUGUUGGAGGCCUGCAUGGACAUGCAACUGGAGUUGCAACGCUCAGUUAGGCAGGAAGUCUCUGCUGCUCUGAAUCGAUCUGCAGAUGGACAAGGCAUGGCUGAGACCUCAGAAGAUGGAUCUAAAUGGGGUCAUGUCAGGAAAGGAACUUGCUGUGUUUGUUGUGAUAGCCACAUUGAUUCUUUAUUGUACAGAUGUGGGCACAUGUGCACUUGUUCCAAAUGUGCAAACGAGUUGGUUCGUGGUGGAGGAAAGUGUCCAUUGUGCCGUGCUCCAAUUGUUGAGGUGAUCCGAGCAUACACCAUAUUGUAAACAAGUGUUCAUAAAAAAGAAACUGACAAAAAGAAUCAAAAACUGACCCUGUUUGAAGACUGGCAUUGGAUCUCUGCUGAAAGGAUUGUGUUUAGAAGAGAGCUUCCAAGUGAAUGAAGUGACCAAGUGAUGAAUCACUGCCAGAGUUUCAAUCCUUGCAAACUCAUAACCAGGACAAAUCCUUGGUCCUCCUCCAAAUGCCACAAAACUGUGAGGUGGGACUGGAUUUUGCUCCUUAAACCUUGUUGGAUCAAACUUUGAUGGAUC